ACCCUAUUGUAACACCUUGUGUACCAAUUAACAUCUCUAAAAAAUCCCGAUCGAUAUUUUUGUAUCGUCUGUUAUUUCCAGAAAUUCAAUAUCUUGGUCAUCUGACACCCAUUUAUAAACUAUCAUUCCACUCAUUUUUCAUUGAAAUACUCUAUUUUUUAAUGGAAAAAUCAGUUUCUGGCCCGAACAUUUUUAAUAUGAAGCUUCUGUUGUUACUAUUAAUUCUUACUAUAUCAUUCUGCUAUGCAUUUAAUAAUGAAACGUUGAAAGUUCGGUUGAAUGUACCAUUUUUCAAGUUUUUCAGUAAGAAUGGACAUCAUGUGGUCGACGAAGAGAUUCCAAAAAUCACAAUCCCCGAAAUCAGACUUCCAUUUUCCUCGAGUAUCGGUCAUGGAGUUGUGAGAACGGAUGACUUGAAAAUUGAAAAGUUCAGCUCCCCGAAAAUUGACUUUAAGUUGUCCAAAACCGGCAUUAACUGGUGGACCACUGGCGGGGCUAUCAAACUAUCAGGCAGGUGGCACGCGAAGUUCACGGAGGUUAUUACGAUUCGAGAUAAAGGAUGGUUGAAUGCCUACGCAACCGGGAUCCAAAUGAACAUUUCCGCAGCCGCCUAUCAGCUCGACGGGCAGCCUCAAGUCAAAAUUGGUGAUUGUACAGUGCAGAUACAAAAGUUGGAUGUGGAAAUUGGUGGAAGUGUCCUCUCAUGGCUGGUCAAUCUGUUCGAGACCCCAUUUUCCAAACUUGUGAAAAAAGUUAUCAAUGCCCAGGCUUGUUCAGCUGCUAAAGGAAUUCUCAUCGAAGAGGCCAAUCGCUUUCUGCAUUCUUUGCCAAGCCACGUGGAUGUUGGCGCGAAUUUCUACGUGGAUUAUUUUUUGACCCAAAACCCGCACGCGACGAGCGAGUUUACGGAAUUCGAUCUGGCUGCUGAUAUUGUUUAUGGGAAGAGUCUUUGUCAUCCAAUCAACAUUGGUAAUUGGACCGACGCCAGCUCUACACCGGGAAUGCUAACCUCCUGGAUCUCCGUCUCUAUCCCCAAUUGCCUUAUACACUCCGCUCAUCAAAACCAACUAGUGAAGUUGUUGGUUUCCAAGGAUAUUCCCGUCGUUGAGCCAUAUCUCCGAACUUCUUGUGGUUUCUUGGGGCUUUGUAUUGGAAAAUUCUUCAAAAAGCUGAGAAACGAGUACCCGAACAAUCACGUGGAUUUGUUCUUUCACACCUACAGUACACCAUAUUUCGUGAUGAGUGAGAAGGAGGGAGUCAUGUUGAAUAUGAGUCUGGCGGUGGAUUUGUUCAUUAAUCCGUACGCUAAAACUAAACAGAAUAUUCUGGCUCGUCUCGUUGUUGACACUUUCUCUACCGUUGAGCCCUUCCUGAACCACACCAGAAUCCACGGGCGCCUUCAAAAUUCCACCAUCACGGCCAGAGUCGACUUCUCGAAUAUUGGUGAUAUUCCUAAAGCAUUCCUGAGCGCCUUCUCCAGUAUUCUGUCAAUGACGGCCCGUGAAGCAGUCCGUUCAGUUCUUGGUGUAGGAAUUCCGAUUCCAUCCUAUGAUAAUGUCACUUUGGCAGACUCUUCAACGAUUGAAGUCUUCGAUCAGUUUCUCAGAGCAAACAUUGAUUUUGAGUAUAAGUAAUUUAUUGUGAUGAUGUUAUAAGUUACAUUUUUGGAGUUGGGUUUUUUUGUAAAUAAUGGUGUUGAUAAAAUUGAUUUUUUGUUUCAAUUGGUGAAAGAUUCGAAAUUUGAAA